GGGGGGGGGGGGUGAGAAGGAGCUGAGCUGAGCUAAGCUGAUCCCACGUGUGACGGAUCUCGCUGCUUCCCCGGCUCCGUCUCUCUGUGAGAUUCGGUGUAGCUCGGGAGGGGGGGGAGGAGGAAAAGGAGGAGGAGGAGGAGGGAGAUCUUUGGGCUUGUAGCUGGCCGCUGCUCUGCUCAGAUCACUGUGGGGCUUAAUUUUUUGGGGUGGGGGGGCGGGGGGGCCUCAGAUAUGGAGGCAGAUGGGAGCCAAGCCACCUCUGGAAGCCCUAACGACUCACAACACGACCCUGGUAAAAUGUUUAUCGGUGGCCUGAGCUGGCAAACCUCACCAGAUAGCCUUAGAGACUAUUUUAGCAAAUUUGGAGAAAUUAGAGAAUGUAUGGUCAUGAGAGAUCCCACCACCAAGCGCUCCAGAGGCUUCGGUUUCGUCACGUUUGCCGACCCAGCAAGUGUAGAUAAAGUAUUAGCUCAGCCCCAUCAUGAGUUAGAUUCGAAGACGAUCGACCCCAAAGUUGCAUUUCCUCGUCGAGCACAGCCCAAGAUGGUCACAAGGACAAAGAAAAUCUUUGUGGGCGGAUUAUCUGCGAAUACAGUUGUAGAAGAUGUAAAGCAAUAUUUUGAGCAGUUUGGCAAGGUGGAGGAUGCUAUGCUGAUGUUUGAUAAAACCACCAACAGGCACAGAGGGUUUGGCUUCGUCACUUUUGAGAAUGAAGAUGUUGUGGAGAAAGUCUGUGAAAUACAUUUCCACGAGAUCAAUAAUAAGAUGGUAGAAUGUAAGAAAGCACAGCCUAAGGAAGUGAUGUUCCCACCCGGGACAAGAGGACGGGCCAGGGGCCUCCCUUACACAAUGGAUGCUUUCAUGCUAGGCAUGGGAAUGCUAGGCUACCCAAACUUUGUGGCGACAUAUGGCCGAGGCUAUCCCGGAUUUGCUCCAAGCUACAGCUAUCAGUUUCCAGGUUUUCCAGCAGCAGCAUAUGGACCAGUGGCAGCGGCAGCAGUGGCAGCAGCAAGAGGAUCAGUCCUGAAUAGCUACAGUGCUCAACCGAAUUUUGGCGCGCCCGCUUCCCCGGCAGGCUCCAACCCAGCGCGGCCAGGAGGCUUCCCUGGGGCCAACAGCCCAGGACCCGUCGCUGACCUCUACGGCCCAGCAAGCCAGGACUCCGGAGUGGGGAAUUAUAUAGGCGCAGCCAGCCCACAGCCGGGCUCGGGCUUCAGCCAUGGAAUAGCUGGACCUUUGAUUGCAACGGCCUUUACAAAUGGAUACCAUUGAGCAGGUGCUCUUGUUGCCAUCUCAUUCUGAGAGCAUACCUGGAUGUCCAGGCAAGACUGGGCGAAGUUUCUGAGUGGCCCUUUGUUUAGGUGAUGUCUUCAGACCUGGACACCUCCAGCCUCACUCCCCACCCCCACCCCCACUGGAGAUGGCUCACUUCGGACUGAGGGUUGAAUUCAAUCUCAUCAUCUCAUGAAUCUGCUGUACUAUAUAAGACAACAGCUUUUAAAAAUGUGUAUAUAAUCCAUGAUUUUUGUGGGUUUUUUUUGGUUUUUUCUUGAUGGCUCCCCUUGUCCCAUCCUCACCCCCACAUCCUUCCUUUUAAAUAUCUUUGAAUCACAUUUGGUAGUGUUUUUGACAUAGUCUAGUAGCCUCGUCGCUUUAAUAUGUAGUUAAAAGCUAACCAUAGUAUAACUGUUAUAUUAAGGAUUUUACUUUCUUUAAAAAAAAAAAAGUUUCUUUGGUUGUGAUUUUUGGUUCUGUUCCUGCUUCAAGGAUGCUGAGAUGGUAAUGGGACUCUCAACCUUUUGGUGCCCAUUCUGAAACUGUACAGCUUUUCAGGUGGAAUUUUAGCACACUCUGAAAUUCGAAGUCGAGAAGCACUGAGCUGGAGUUGGGCAUAAGAGUUUCUCAUUCGCAUUUGUAGAAGCGAGAUCAUAGCUUAACUAACAGGCUCUUUAGCGAUUCAUUUUUGUGACGUCUCUUUGUUAACCUAAGUAUAUCUAUUUUCGGCAAUAAGGUGAGGACGACAACAUUUCGGCCGUCCUUCUUUUCUAUAAGUGCUUUUUUCUGUUGAAAGAGGUGAUAUUAUAAGAUUUUUUGAAAUUGUGAAUUCUGGAGAAAAAAAUAAUAAGUGCUGUAAAUACAAUUCCAUUAACUACAUAGAAACUAUUAAGAAAGAGAAAAUGGAAAAAAAAAUAUUUUUGUGAGGGACUUAGUCCCAGGCAGUUUGAUGAUCCAUGGAAAGAAACAAAAAAGGAAACUAAUUUUUUUUUUAAAAGAAAAAAGGUCAAUUUUUGAGUUUUAAGGUCUAAGAACAAUCAGCUGCCAGGGCUGCCCUUGAUGAAGUCAAAAAGAACACAGUUUAGCUCUUUUGUCAGUACAUUAGACCUAAGAAUUCUACUAGUGUCACACCAGCAUACUCACUGCUCCUUUGUACACAGCUUCCAAUGAACAGUCUAGUUGUAUUUUUUAAUUUAAACUAUGAAAUACUGCUUUUCCCGAGACUUUGAAAAAGAUAGCAAUGUUAAUAUUUAACGUAUUUAAAGUUCAAAGCACACCUGUUUGGCUUGGGGGAGGGGGGGAGGGCAUAUUUUUUUAGUCAUUUAAAAAAUUAGAUUCGUUUUUAUCGUCCAAUCAUUUCAGCUCCUCCAAGUGUCGCCCAAGACGCUUCCCUCAUUUCUCCCCUUCCUCUCUCUCUCUCCCCCUCCCCCAGUCUGGGGCCCUUGGGCCAGGGAUGGCUAGUCCUACAUUAUUGAUACCUUUAUCCAUUAUUCUUUCUAUUAACAAAUUAGGAAAGCAAACUCUUUAUGUUUUUUUUUUAAUACCUCAGUGCUGCGAGUAUCACCAGAGAGGCUAGGGAAGAUAUUUUGUUUUGUUUUUAAUUUAUUGUAGAUGUAAACAGAAUUAAAACAUUUUUAAAAAGUAUAAACAUCACUGCACUGUGACUGGUGGGAAAAACUGACAAUUUCCUGUUUGCACAUGUUUAAUAUUUGGCUGUUAUAAUAUAUGGUCCUCAGUUGGGGAAAAGAUACUUAUGAUGAAGGAUAUUUUUUAAUUUAAUUUUUUUAAUAUUGGUAAAUAGGCCUGCAACAGCUACUUAGAAAAGUACAACUCAGUAGAUGGCAUUAAACAACAAUGACGCCAACAACAUACUGUAGUGUGAAUAUAUUUUUUUCUUUUUUUAACGUGAUAUUGACAAGUUUUAUUAAUAUUUUUUUAAAUUGUUACGUUUAUAAAUUUGGUACUCGAGGCACAGCCAGUAUGAGACACUGAAUGCGACAUUUAUUAUAAAGAGCUGCUGCACUCCUAUUUUUAUAAAUGUUACUAAUGAAUAGACUUACGUAGGCAUUCACUAGGCAGGGUAGCGCAAAGGCAUCUUCAAGCAAGAGGCGCCAUGAUGCUGAAUGAAAAGGAAGGAAAAAAAAAAGCUUUGGGGUUUUUUUUUUUUCUUUCUCAGUUCUGAUUAAGUAAACAAAAUGAAUCAUGCUCUUUGUUUUUCCAACAUAACAUUUUAGGGUUGUUGUGGGUUUUGUUUUUGUUUGGGUUUGUUUUUUUUUUUUGUGGGGGGGGAGGUUCUUUCUUAUUUUGGAACAACCAGGUUAAGUAUAAAAUGCUGGACGCUUUUUAAAUAUUGAGACUUGAUCAAGUAAUAACAAUAAAAGUAGAUGGUUCUUUAAAAAAAAACAUACAAAAAAGCAAAAACCAACAAAAAAAAACGACAUAAAAAAGGAAGUCAGUUCCCUGUGAUUCAAUGUCUGUGCCAGGGAAUUUUUUAUUAAUAUUUUGUCCAUGUUGAGGAUGUACUGUACAACCAUUUGUUUUCUCUUCAUUCCCUGUCACCUCAUAGAUGAUUCUUUGUUGACCAUUGUCUGUUAAUAAUGUAUAAAAUGGCUAUCUUGUAAGCGUGCUGUCCUGAUACUAGUGUAGUAACAUUUUUUCUCCUCUUUCUUCUAGUACAUAUUGGUAGGUGUAUUGUAAUUAAGGUUAAAAAAAAUUAGAUGUAGUUAUUCAGAUUUAGGACCAGUAAGGAUAGAACUUUCUCUUAUUUAAGAAAACAAAAUGCUAAUUUUGGGGCAGUUUUUUUUUUCUUUUUUAAUUGUCUUCUUUUUUAAUUUUAAGGUCAAUUUUCUUUUCUUCAUUUUUUUUUCUUUAUUUUUCUUUUCUUUAUUUUUCUUUUCUUUUUUUUUCUGAUCUGAUGUGGUUUCAACUAACCAAAGGUCUCACAAUGUUAAAAUGCUGGCAAACUCCCCGGCAUUUUGUAGAUCCCCGCCCCCCCCCUUAACUUUCAAGGGGUCUGCCAUACUACCUUAAAUGCUAAUGCUAGAUAUGCAAAACUGGAUUUUUUUAAUUUAUUUUUUAAAAGAGGGAGGCAUGGUAUAUUAAAAUGAUUUUACUAAGAGAAAAAAUAUUUUUUUAAGAAUGUUCAGAAGAAAUUGAUAAUCUGUGUGAAUAUGUUUUAGAUGUUUAUAUACCUUUUGAAGAGACCCAGUAGCCCAUAGCACAAAUCUUGUGGAAUCUGAUAUGUUUCAAUGUGGCUACCUAGGUUAAGGUUCACGUUAGUCCCCCCCGCCCCAAUCAUCUAGAAGUCCAUUUUGAAAGAUUUUUGUAAAUUAUUUUAGCACUGAUGUUCAGCCUCGUCUUUGUUUCAGUUAAGCUCAAUGGCGACCUGGGAACCACCUUUUGUGGGGGAGAAUACCAUUUGGGCAGUCAGUUCUCCCUCUCCCCCAAGUUUGGGAACUAGCCACUUGUGUGACACUCCAGCCCGUAGUUGGGCAAGUCACUUCACCACUUUGGGCCUCAGUUUCCUCAACUGUAAAAUGAGGGGUUUGGACUGGAUGACCCUUCUGGGCCUUUCCAGCUCUACCAUGCUAUGGUUCUAUCAGUCUGAUUCCAUCUGCCCAGGCCCCCAAGAGCACACUGUCUCUCAAUGGGACAGCUCCUGCACCCCCAGUCCUGUCCCAUCCAGAAAGGGCAGUAUUUGAGAGGACAGAGUCCCUGCUCUUUUCUCCAGGAGCAUUUUGAAAACAUGAACAAGCCCAGCCUUCCUCACCCCACCCCAACCCCCAUUUGCAAACCAAACUGAGCACAUGGCUCCCUCCCCACCGCCCAUUGGCUUGAUUCAAACGAAGCCUGACCUGGCCUUUGCAUUUUCUAUCCUUCAUAAUGUUCGUUUUAAUUUGAACUUUGUAGCUUGGACUUUAAGGUAGCAUGGCUCUAUUGCUGUCCAUUUAAUUUCUCAUCUUACAGCAAUCCACAGCCAGUAAAUGUUACACACAUCUUAUUAGACUAGUUCAAUCAUUGGGUAAUUGUUGGUUCUAAUGACCUGAAAGGUGUUCAGUUUUUUUUUUCUUUUUUGGUUUUGGUUUUGUUUUGUUGUUUUUCUUUUUUUUUUCUUUUUCGUUGUUCUAUUUUUAUUUUCUGGCUAGGAAAAAAAAAUUACCAACCUAUUUUGAUCUUUAGUGCAAGCGAGGGCUAGGGACUUAGCCUCCACCUCCACCAACCACACUGUUUCAUUCUGCCAUUCACUUACUUACUGCAGCAUAAUCAAGAAUAAAGCAAUAUAGUUUACUACAUUUUUAUUAAAGGUCAGCCAUGCUUUCUGUAUUAUAUUGCAUAUGAAAUUGUUUACAAAAAAAACACUAACUCAUACUUAUCUUUAGUCUAUUGGAAAUGGCACGCAGGGACAGAGGGAAUUUGAUGGGGGGGAGAAUAUUUUUCUUGAAUGUGCCUCACAGGCCAAGAUAUUUUCCCAAGGAAGGGGAUAGCAAAGGAUCUGUGUGGGGAGCAAAAGGGAAGGAGAAGCAGGCACAUUGGAGAUAGAUAUACACUGGCGGGUCCUCCUGUCCUCAUCCUAAUGGCAUGAAAUACGCAGAACUCAGCUCAGCCCGUCUCUUGGGCACAGACACUACAUGAGGAGAUCUUCUGUAAGUUAAGCAAUACUUUAAUACUGUAAUAAGUUUGUUUUUUUUUUAACCAAAUACACACACACACACACACACACAUAUGCACACACACAAAAACAAAACCACCCCAUUGGCAGAAGGGCCCUUCAUCAAAGCCCUCUGGCCAAGAGCUACCAAACAAUCAAAAUGGAUCGUCUUUGACCGAAUUUCAUUUUAGAUCGGGGGAGCCGGGUCAGGUCGGGGUAGGAGCAGGGGAGGGGACCGGGCUAGACAGACAAAAAAGCAUCAGAGGCCUCUCCCAGCGGCUCUCUGUCACUAUAUUCUGUACAUACUGUCCCAUCCCAUGUGGAAUCUGUGAGUGUCAUACUGAGUAUGGUGGGCCAGCGAACCCACUGUUCAUGGUGUAUUGUAAAGUCGAAAUUCCAUGUGUAUUAGGAUGCAAGGUAAAGCAUUUCAUGUGGACAUCGAUGUAUCUAAAUAAAACUUUCCCCAGCACUGUGGCUGACCUCACCCUUACUUUUAUACUUUAGUAUGAAACUGAUGAGAACUUUGGUAGUGAGUAUUUUUUUUAUAUAUAUACAUAUAUAUGUAUCUAUAUAUAUAUAUAUCAAGCAUCUUUCAGGUCUUUGUGUGUGGCUUACUUAAAGCCCUGUUGUAAAAACUACUAUGUGGAUGGCAGUCUCUCACAUCUCAGAUGUGGAAAGUAUAAUUUUAUAUUUGUAUUUUCAAAUAAAUAAGUUUGUGAAAGGUUUCCAUCCUCUACUGUGGUCCAGAAAUCAAUGUGUUUGUCUGACAAAAAAAUAAAAUAAAAUAAACUGUUUUGAACAGAG